GGCCAUGACCCUAAAGGUGAAGAAGGUGCUGCACCACGAGAAGAGCCAGUACCAAGAUGUCCUCAUCUUCGAGUCCACCAACUACGGCACCGUCCUAGUUUUGGACAACGUCAUCCAGUGCACUGAGCGGGAUGAGUUCUCCUACCAGGAGAUGAUCACACACUUGGCCCUUAACUCUCACCCUAACCCCAAGAAGGUCCUCGUCAUCGGCGGCGGUGAUGGAGGUGUCCUACGUGAGGUUGUCAAGCACGAGUGCAUUGAGGAGGCUACCCUCUGCGACAUCGACGAGGCCGUCAUCCGCCUCUCCAAGCAAUACCUUCCUGGUAUGGCCGAGGGUUUCAAACACCCUAAGGUGAAGGUCCACGUUGGCGAUGGCUUCAAGUUCUUGAACGAGUACAAGAACGCCUUUGACGUCAUCAUCACCGAUUCGUCGGAUCCGGAAGGCCCCGCCGAGAGCCUGUUCCAGAAGUCUUACUUCCAACUACUACACGAUGCCCUACGCCCUGGCGGCGUUAUCACCACUCAAGCUGAGAACCAAUGGCUUCACCUGCCUCUCAUCGCUAAGCUGAAGAAGGACUGCGGUGAGGUGUUCCCCGUGGCUGAGUACGCGUACACAACCAUCCCGACCUACCCCUCGGGCCAGAUCGGCUUCAUGGUCUGCUGCAAGGAGGAAGGCCGCGACGUCAAGAACCCCGUCCGAUCCUGGUCCCCCGAGGAGGAGAGCAAGCUCUGCAGAUACUACAAUGCGGAGAUCCACAAGGCCAGCUUCGUCCUGCCGACUUUCGCCGCGAAGGCUCUGCAAUAGGUGUGGGGAACGUUGGAUGGGUAGAGGGAACAGUCGGCUUGUGAAAUGAAGCUUACGGGAAAAUCACUGAAUGAGUUAUACGCAUGUAAUAGAUGUCCUAUCUAGACCUAGGGUUAGGACUGGAUAGAUGGCCGGAAAUCAAUAUAUCGGCUUAUGGUCAGAA